UCAUGGGUGACGCUGGCGGUUGCUGCUGUAACCUUUUAAACUUGAAACAGAAGAGCAAAGCUUCCACUCCAAAAUGAGCUGGUGGUGGGCUGGAGCUAUUGGCGCUGCCAAGAAAAAGCAUGAGGAUGAUGAUCAUGAAGCGCCAAGAAGCUUCAAAAGCGUGGGAUUGGUGAUUGGCGUGACCGGCCUAGUGGGCAACAGCCUUGCCGAAAUCCUCCCCCUCCAUGACACGCCCGGAGGUCCCUGGAAGGUCUACGGUGUCGCACCCCGUCCACGCCCAGAUUGGAGCGUUGACCACCCCGUUGAAUACAUCCAAUGCGACAUCUCCGACCCAAUCGACGCCCAAACCAAGCUCUCCCAAUUGACCGACGUCACCGACAUCUUCUACGUCACCUGGACCAGUCGCUCCACCGAGGCCGACAACUGCGAGGCCAACGGCGCCCUACUGCGCAACGUCUUGAGCUCCGUGAUUCCAAAUGCGCCAAAUCUCCGCCACGUGUGCCUCCAGACCGGCACCAAACACUACGAUGGACCUUUCGAGGCGUACGGCAAGGUGGCUCCCCAUGACACGCCGUCUACGGAGGAUUUGCCCCGAUUGAAUGUACCGCUUUUUUAUUACAACCUCGAGGAUGUGUUGUUCGAAGAGGUGGAGAAGAAAGAGGGCUUGACCUGGUCCGUACACCGACCCGGACUUAUUUUCGGGUUUUCGCCUUAUAGCAUGCUGAGCAUUGUGAGCAUGCUUUGCGCGUACGCUGCUAUAUGCAAGCAGGAGGGGUUGGCGUUGAGAUUUCCGGGUAGCAAAGCGGGUUGGGAUUCGUAUUCGGAGGCUUCAGACGCGGAUCUGAUAGCGGAGCAGCAAAUAUGGGCGGCGGUGGACCCGUAUGCCAAAAACGAAGCGUUUAAUAUCAACAAUGGGGACGUGUUUAAGUGGAAGCAGUUGUGGAAGGUGUUGGCGGAGGAAUGGGACGUGUUUAAGUGGAAGCAGUUGUGGAAGGUGUUGGCGGAGGAAUUUGAGAUUGAGGAGUAUGGGUUUGAUGAGGGGUUUAGCUUGGUGGAGAUGAUGAGGGACAAAGGUGGAGUGUGGGAAGAGAUUGUGGGGGAAAAUCAGCUGCGACACACAAAGUUGGAGGAGUUGGGGCUGUGGGAGGUUGUGGAGGUUGUAUUGGGCGGGGGAGCUGAGUUGUCUAGCAUGAACAAGAAUAAAGAGCACGGGUUUUGCGGGUUUAGAAACUCCAGGAAUUCCCUUGUUUAUUGGAUUGAUAAAAUGAAAGCUCACAAGAUUGUACCAUGAUUGAAUUCAUAAUGUUGAAUUUUGAUUGGAAAUGUUUGGUUGCUGUGUGAUUGUGACUUGUAAGUUUAAUGUUGGUAUGACUUUUUGGUGUAAAUAUGUGAAUAUGGACAUGUUGAUUGAGUUUUUGUCA